ACGCGCUGACACGCCAUCCACCUAGCAGAUCCCCACAGAGCCGCCUCGACUGCCGUAUUCAGAGAUCCCAGCUCCCCCAGUUCCUGUUUCCGCCGCAGGCUUUUUUUUGUUGUUAAGGGAACAGCCAUCCUCAGCUGCGCCAGACCGAGUCUCCGCAGCCCCGGUCGGAUGCCGCUGGAAGCCGGUAUACCAUGUCGAGGACACAACUCCAGUAAAGGAAUCCUCUGGGACUGGGAGGAAACGGCGAGGCGGUGUGGGACAACCUGGUCCACACGGAGCUGGGCGGAGGGGAGGAGACACCGACGGGGCCGUCUUACCGCAGGCAUCUGAGCGUGCCAGCCAUGCUUUAGCACUCACAGAAAAGGCUUGUCCAUAAGCUGGAGACACACCCGGCGCACGGACACACAUCUCUUCCCCCCCCCAUCCGCCGUUUAGUGCACACCGCCCGGGCGAAGAUGCCAGAGCCAAGGUUGUGGCACUUGUGGUGACUGGGCACAGAGUGCGUGUGCGCACAUCCGGCAGGCAGGCCGUGGGGUCGGCGCGUGUGCAGGCACUCCGGGAAGGCUUUUUUUUAGGGGGGCGGGGGGUGGGGGGGCGAGGUUGGCACCAUGCGGCCCUGGGCGGGGUCAUGGCGGUGGAUUACCCUGGUGCUGUUGGCCUGGGGCACGCUCCUCUUCUACAUCGGCGGCCACCUGGUGAGGGACAGCGAGCACCCCGAGCGGUCCAGCCGGGAGCUCUCCAAGAUCCUGGCCAAGCUAGAGCGGCUCAAGCAGCAGAAUGAAGACCUGCGGCGCAUGGCCGAAUCGCUCAGGAUACCAGAGGGUCAGGCGGAAGCCGGCUCCCUGGCUGCGGGGAAGCUGCGCUCCCUGGAGGACCAGCUAACCAGAGCCAAGCAGAAGAUCCACAGCUUCCAGAAACUCACUGGGGACGGCCCCGGUCCUACUCAGGAGGAGCUGCGGAGGAGGGUGGACAACGGCGUCAAGGAGUUCUGGUACUUUGUUCGCAGCGAGGUGAAGAAAUUGGCCAACGGCGAGCUCAGCGAAAGGCUGAAGUAUGCAGACACACUCCUGCAGGACCUGGGACACCAGGAGAGAUCCAUCAUGACGGACUUGUACUACCUCAGCCAGGCGGACGGAGUCGGCGAAUGGAGAACGAAGGAGGCUAAAGACCUGUCCGAUCUGGUCCAGAACCGGAUCACCUACCUACAGAACCCCCCUGACUGCAGCAAGGCGAGAAAACUGGUGUGCAACAUCAACAAGGGCUGCGGUUAUGGCUGCCAGCUCCACCACGUCGUCUACUGCUUCAUGAUCGCCUACGGCACCGAGCGCACGCUCAUCCUGGAGUCCCACAACUGGCGCUACGCCCCCGGCGGCUGGGAGACCGUUUUCCUGCCCGUCAGCAACACCUGCAGCGACCGCGCCGGGGCCACCACUGGACACUGGUCAGGAGAGGCCCACGAUAAGGACGUCCAGGUUGUGGAGUUGCCCAUAGUGGACAGCCUCCACCCGCGGCCCCCCUACCUGCCUCUGGCCAUCCCCGAGGACCUGGCGCCACGCCUGCACCGCCUGCACGGCGACCCCUCCGUGUGGUGGGUGUCCCAGUUCGUCAAGUACCUGGUGCGACCGCAGACGUGGCUGGAGAAGGAGAUCCAGCAGACCACCGCCAAACUGGGCUUCAAACACCCCAUCAUCGGAGUCCACGUGAGGAGGACGGAUAAAGUGGGGACGGAGGCGGCCUUCCAUCCCAUAGAAGAGUACAUGCUGCAUGUGGAGGAGCAGUUCCAAAACCUGGCCAGACGUGUCCACAUCGACAAGAAGCGGGUUUACCUGGCCACCGACGACCCGUCCCUGCUGCAGGAAGCCAAGACCAAGUAUCCAGACUAUGAGUUCAUCAGCGAUAACUCCAUCUCGUGGUCGGCAGGCCUUCACAACCGAUACACCGAGAACUCGCUCAGAGGCGUCAUCCUGGACAUCCACUUCCUGUCCCAGACGGACUUCCUGGUCUGCACGUUCUCCUCUCAGGUCUGCCGCGUGGCCUACGAGAUUAUGCAGACGCUGCAUCCAGACGCUUCCUCCUUCUUCUAUUCCCUGGACGACAUCUACUACUUUGGAGGUCAAAAUGCCCACAACCAGAUCGCCAUCUACCCCCACCAGCCGCGCAACAGCGAGGACAUUCCCCUGGAGCCCGGCGACGUGAUCGGAGUGGCCGGCAACCACUGGGACGGAUACUCCAAAGGCAUCAACCGCAAACUGGGCCGCACCGGCCUCUACCCUUCCUACAAGGUCAAGGAGAAGAUCGAGACCGUGAAGUAUCCGACGUACCCCGAGGCAGACAAACUGCUCAGCUCCCAAAAGAAGUAAAGGAGGUGAAAUGAACAAAAUCAAAUAAAAGAGAAGGCGCGAGGAUAAAAAAAAU